GGGUUCAAGAGACAGUGGAGAUAUGUAUACGUAUACCUGCUUUACCUGAUAGUAAAGCAAUUAUACUGCAAUUUAAAAAAAAAAAGAAAAAACACUCAUUUCUAUUUUUUCAUCUUUUCAACCUUAAGAGAGAUUUCAAAUAAAUAAGGCAAAUAUGAAUAUCUAUUUAAUCUCAUUUCAUGAAGAUUAGCUUAUUUUCUCUACCUUAAAAAUAGUGUGUAAUUAACCAUUAACAAUAAAAGAAAAUAGUGACUCUGGAGUUAGGUAAUCUUGGGUUUAAAAUUUCUUUCUGUUACAUACCAGCCAUGUAACUUUGGGCAAGUUUGUUCAUCUUUCCAAACUAUAGUGCCCUCAUCCAUAAAAUGUGUAUAAUACUGGUACCAGCUAUAAAAGAUUGUGUUCAGUAUUAAAGCAAGCUAAUUCAUGCAGUGCAUAGUGUAAUAUAAUUGGCUAUAAUAUUUUUUGAGUGCCUAUUUCUUAAGCUCUUUACAAAUAUUAUCCUAUUUAAUCUUACAUGUAUCAGUCACUAAAAGAGAUAGCUACAGGCACUAUGGGAAUCGUGGUGGUUUGUGCAUGGCCCCAGAGCUGGAUCCUCCGCGGCCUGGAGCUAUGGGACGGAGGCCCCCAGAGGGGAGUCACUUACCAAAGCAAGUAGGCCCUUCAUCCAGAGCUCAAGUCUUCUGACUCGUGGGAACAGUGGGACCUGCCCCAACUGGGUUCCCUCUCCUCCUUGUCUGCGUGGCCCUCACGACCAGGAGUGAACUCCCAGUUGGUCCAGCAUGAACUGGAAGGUGCUUGAACACUUCCCCCUGCUGCUGUGUAUCUUGGCAGUGAAAACAGUAAUCCUCUCCCUGGCGUUUGCCGGAGUCAAAGUCUACCAGAGGAAACGACUGGAAGCAAAGCAGCAAAAGCUGGAAGCUGAGAAGAGGAAGCAGGCGGAGAAGAAGGAGAGCUAAAGGGGAGUGAAAGAUUUCAUGGUGUAAAUGUCAGCUCGAGUGGACUCCAGCUGAGAAGAAAGUCUUAAUUAUUGAACGAUAUGUCAGAAGACAAACUCGCAGCCUCUAGCCUAACUGAAAAUGAUGUGAAUUUUUAUAUGCUUUUAGAAGAACCAGUAUUUUGUUUGCUAAAAUAAAAUAACCUUUGUAGAAUAAAAAAAAAA